AAUUCAGAAAAUGAAAACCGUAUUUCAACAUCAUAUUCCUAUCCAAUUAAGCUGCCUGCUAUCUUCAACUACAGAGCUUCAAAGUUGAAACAUCUGCUGCAACAAUGGAGCUCUGCAGUUCAGCUCCUCCAAAGUCAUUCUAUUUCAAAUCUUUUCUCAUUUCUCCCCCAAUUUCUUCAAUCAUCAUGCCCUAUUCCUUAAAACCCACCAAUCAGUUCACUUCUCUCAAAAUUUCUCCUACAUUUCACCAACUAUCUCAUUCCCCAAGAAAGUUAUCAGUUUGCCUCGCACAGGCCGUUAAUGACGUCGUUAAAGACCCUCUACCCGCGGAUCUUAUUGUUAAAGAAAUCCAAGAACCCAAUUGCAGAAUUCGGUUAAGCGUAGAAGUUCCAGCCGUUGUAUGUGAAGAUUGUUACGACAUGGUCAUAGAUGAGUUUAUGAAGAGGGCAGCGGUUCCAGGAUACCGUCCUGGUAGGCAAGUUCCAGAAGAGGCUCUCGUAAGGUAUAUUGGGAAGGAUGGUGUCAACAAGGCAGCUGUUGAAGCUAUUCUAAAGAGAACUCUUCCACAUGCCAUGUCAUCGGUAGAAGGGCGGGCUUUGAAAGACUCGCUUCGCAUCACAACAACAUUCUCUGAAAUGGAAAAAACUUAUACUUCUUUGGACAUUUUAAGAUACGAUGUUGUCGUGGAUGUAGCACCUGAAGUGAAAUGGGUUCCAGAGGAUGGCUACAAGAAUUUAAAAGUUGUAGUUGAGCUUGACAGUGAAAUAGAGGCAAAAACAGCUGCUGAACGAGAGUUAAAACGUCGUUACAAGACUCUAAGUACAAUGAGAAUUGUCACAAAUAGAGGACUACAGGUUGGUGAUGUUGCCGUUCUGGAUAUAUCAGCAACAACAGUGGAACAAGAUGGAUCACAAGUGAAAGACGUUCCAGCUGCAGGGAGUAAAGGUUUCCGUUUUGAUACAGAAGAUGGAGAUACGGUCGUUCCUGGUUUUCUUGACGCCAUAAUCGGAAUUCAAGGAGGUGAAACAAAAUCUUUCCCGCUUGUAUUUCCAGAUUCGUGGGAACAAGAAGAUCUCCGUGGUCUUUCUUGUCAGUUUACUGUUGAAUGUAAAGAGCUCUUUUAUAGAGAAUUGCCGGAGAUGAAUGAUGCUAUUGCCGAUAAGCUUCUUCCUGGAUGCACCAAUAUCAAGCAGGUUAAGGAGUCAUUGUUAGAGAGUUGUAUAGAACUGGAAAAAACAGCUAAAAAUCAAGCAACUGAUAACGUUAUUCUUGACCAGCUUCAAAAGAUGAUUCAAGUUGAAAUUCCUGAAUCGUUGUUUGAAGAGCAUGGCAUGCAGGUUUAUGGAGACAAACUACUACAAAUACAGUCAAAUAUGAAACUGAACGAAGAGCAAAUAGAAGCACUUUCAAGCCCAAAAGCGGUAAAAGAGUUCUUGGAAUACGAGAGGGGGAACAUAGAAAAUAUAAUCAAGCAGAGUCUUGCUGUUGCAGACAUUUUUAAACGUGAAAAUCUGCAGUUUUCAACUGAUGAUCUUGUGAAAGAGGUCGAGAACUCUAUUGCCGAGUUUAAAAAACACAAUCAGGAGUAUGAUGAAGAAAGCAUUCAAGCACAGGUGCAAGAGAUAUUAGAGGGUGCAAAAGUUCUUGAAUGGUUGAGAGAACAUGCAGAUAUUCAGUAUGUAACUAACUGACAGACAUGCAAACAAAAAACAGCAGCAGUCAAAGACACAUUUUUGUUUCUAGAUGCCUGUAUUUUUCUGUUCUUUUCAUUUCUGGAUAUAAGGUUGGAAUUGAUUGUAGCUUGGCUAUUUACUGAACAUAACUUCUGUAAAUGAACAAGAACCAUGGUAGAAGAGAAGAGAGAAAUAGAUAAACAUUUUUUCGUGA